AUGAAAUUUUCAAUCCUCCACAUUGCCGCCAUAAUUCUGGCCACCGCGACCGAUCUCGCAACAGGCGACCUGCACCACUCGGCCGUCUGCGUCACCAAGCGGGUUAACUUCUUCGGCCACAAGACGUUCCAAAUCAGCCCCAACGCCACCAUGUGCGCCUGCACCUUUUACAAGGGCCGCAACACCGGCACCAACCCCUGGGACAAGUGCGAGGACUGCAAAUACGACGGCCUCAAGUGCACCUCCGAAAACGGCACCAUCGGCGGCGACGAGUUCAAGUACUACUGCGAGAAGAAGUGCGGCGCAAAGGGGUCAGAGGCCGACUGA